GGGGCGGGGAGACCUCGGCGCAGCCUCCUCCGGAGCCGCGGGCACUGCGGGCUGGGCUUCAGCUGGCGCCGCCCUCGGGUGCAGGCACAGGCUCCGGCUUGGCCCAGGCAGGGACUUCUGGAUCGCGCGGUGACCGCCUGCAGGUGUUCUCCAGGUCUGCAGACAGAAGCUGAAGAUGAAGGAGGAUGGUUCACCCAGCUGUCAGGUGCCCAUCAGCGACAACAAGCACAUUCUCAAGUCUGAGCUCUUAAGCCUGCUGAAGACCUACAAUUGCUACCAUGAAGGCCGAAGCUUCCAGCUCCGACACCGAGAGGAAGACGGGGCUGUGGUCAUUGAGGGGCUUCUGAACAUCGCCUGGGGGCUCCGGCGGCCCAUCCGGCUUCAGAUGCAGGACGACCACGAACGCAUGCACUUGCCCUCCCUCUCCUGGACGCAGCCACAGCCCAACGGCUCCUGCAAGGAGACCCCACUCCAAGAUGACCGGGGCACCACUGAGAGGCCAGACGCUCAGCCAGGGCACAAGACCAAAAGUUCCCGAGAUGGUCCAGGAUCCCUGGAAGAGGAUGAGGAGAUCCCACAGCUGCUGCGAACCCAGAGCGAUGCCAGCUGCAUGGUCCAGAGGAGGCCCAAGUCCCGCACCCCUGGCGAGGCCCAACAGGUGCGGAGACACCGCUUCUCCAUCAACGGGCACUUCUAUAAUCACAAGACCUCCGUAUUCACUCCUGCCUAUGGGUCCGUGACCAAUGUGAGGGUCAACAGCACUAUGACCACCCUCCAGGUGCUUACACUGCUGCUAAACAAGUUCCGGGUGGAAGACGGCCCCAGUGAGUUUGCGCUCUACAUUGUCCAUGAAUCUGGUGAAAGGACCAAGUUAAAGGACUGUGAGUACCCACUGAUUUCCAGAAUCCUGCACGGACCUUGUGAGAAGAUUGUCAAGAUCUUCCUGAUGGAAGCUGAUCUGGGUGAAGAAGUGCCUCACGACGUCGCCCAGUACAUUAAGUUUGAAAUGCCAGUGCUGGACAGUUUUGUUGAAAAGUUAAAAGAAGAGGAAGAGAGAGAAAUAAUCAAACUUACCAUGAAGUUCCAAGCCCUUCGUUUGACGAUGCUACAACGCCUGGAACAGCUGGUGAAGGCCAAGUAGCCAGCCCACACCUGGCUCUUCCCAUGUCCCCAGUGGCAGCCACAUGAGGAGUCCAAGUGGCCCAAUACAGACUGGCUACUGACAUCCCUGCAGGAGCCCAGCACCUGUGCUUCUACCCUGCCCCAAGCCCAAGUAGCCUUUCUGUAUCUCUCUCCUCAGCCCUGUGGGAACCCCUUCCAGGGAGCAGAUGGGCCAUGCCAGCUGAGGUCUGUAUGUGAGGCUGGCCUAUCACUGUGCACCAGCCACAUGUGUAGGGCUGACUGGCAUGGCAACCCUGUUCAUACACCUCUCCUGCUCAGGAGAGCAGCACCUGACCCAUCCUUCAGGGCCUGGCCUGUACCUGCUUGCCCAGAGCUCCUGUCAUCGUCCACAUGAACCACAGGAUCCGUCUCCUCCUGCACAUGUGCAGAGCAGAGCUGCCAGCCAUAACGCCCCCACAGCAUCCCUGACCUUUCAUGGCCCGGCACCUCUCCCUCCAGUGCAGAUGUGCGAUCUGCACUACAACCACUGGGACCCCAUCUGACAUCUGCAGAAGUGUCUUGACUUCUCACAAGACCCACAGAAUUCUGUGUGUAUAUGUAUGUAUGCACACACAUGUGCAAACACCUGCAUGUGCCAGUACUGGAGCUUGAACUCAGGGGGCUGGCUGUGCCCCUUAGCUUUUCCACUUGAGCCACAGU